AUGGAUCCAUUCUCUGCGGAAGGCGAACUCAUCAACAUCCACAAUGCCUACCACCAAGGCCAAUACCAAGAAGUGAUCGACUUCGACACUUCCGCCCUCUCCCCCGAGAACGCCCUCCCCGCCCGCGUCCUGCAGCUGCGCGCUCAAAUCGCCCUCGGCCAGUCCUCCCAGGUCCUGGCCACCGUCGACGCCGAAGACGACUCCCCCGACCUGGCCGCCGUCAAGGCCCUGGCCCAGCACUCGGCCGGCGACCUCGACUCCGCCUCCCAGCUCGUGCAGGACCUCGCCGAGAACUACCCCGACAAUGCCACCGUCCAGGUCCUCGGUGGCACGGUGCUCCAGGCGCAGGGGAAGAGCGACGAGGCCCUCGCCCUGCUGACCAAGCACCAGGGCAAUCUGGAGGCCGUUGCUCUGAUCGUUCAGAUCCAGCUGCAGCAGAACCGCUCCGAUCUCGCCCUCAAGGAAGUUCAGACUGCCAAGCGCUGGGCUCAGGAUUCGUUGCUGGUCAAUCUGGCUGAGUCGUGGGUUGGAAUGAGAGUUGGCGGCGAGAAGUACCAGUCUGCCUUUUACGUUUACGAGGAAUUGGCCUCGGCGCCGAGCACGUCCGCGCCCCUUUCGAUCGUCGGCCAGGCCGUCGCGGAGCUUCAUCUCGGUCGAUUGCCCGAGGCCGAGUCCGCGUUGACGGCGGCGCUGGAGAAAUACCCCGAGGAUGCCGAGUUGAUUGCCAACACGGUGGUGUUGAAUGUGCUGGCUGGAAAGCCGACGGAGGAUCUGGAGGCACGUUUGCGAAACGCCCAGCCCUCGCACGCCCUCCUGGCCGAUGUCCAGGAGAAGAGCGACUUCUUCGACACAGCUGCCGCGAAGUACUCGGCGCGCGUGUCGUCUUGAUUUCUCUGAUGUUUUCAUUUUCUAAUCGUGCAAUGAAUUUAUGCGACGGCGUAGCGAUUGUAUUAUCAGGUAUUAUCUGCAAAGCCUUUUUCCUUUCCUUCUCCUUUUCCUUUUCUAUCUAGCUCCGUGGAAAGAGUAUCUUGCAUCCAAUAGACGUUAUUAUUUGUGAUACCUAGAAAGAAACUAAGACGAGAC